GCGUCGCCCCCGCCGGUGCAGCUGCCACUGCCGCCGACUGUCGCGUUCGGUGGCGGCGGCGACCGCGGCACCGGCGGUGGUGCUACGCCCGGCCCACAGUUGUUUUCUAGUCUCCAGCAGCAAUACAAAAACGGACUCCAGCAGCAUGACCAGCAGCAGCAGCAGCACAAUCAACAUCAUCAUCAUCAUCAUCAUCACCUUCAGCAACAGCAGCAACAGGAUCAGCAGCAACACCAACAUCAGCAGUACCUGCAACAGCACCAUCAACUGCACCACCAGCACGGCAGCAACUUGGUCACGCAUUACGCGGCCCUCGGCAGUGCGUUUUACACGUACUGACCCUAUUUAUGUAAUGGGAAAUGCGAUAAAAUUGCAGUUCGGUAAAUGUUUUUCAUACAUAUAUAUAUAUAUUACUUAUAUAUAAAAAUGAUAUUAUUAUAAAAAUUACAAAGUUUUAUUUUCCACUUAUAA